UUUCUUCUUCGCAAAGUCUGAUCUCCUCAGCAUCCGAUCAAAAAACCAGAAUCGCGAGUGCGGCCCGACUUCGACGGCGGCGGAGGAGAGGAAGAGCGAUCGGAGCUCGUUGCUUCCCGCGCCAUUCUCGCCUUCUCCGAACCGGUGAAUUUCGGAAGCCUCCGGCGUUGUUUCUCCUCUUUUUCCUGUCUCGGCCUUCGAAGCUGCGAAGCUUGAAAGCAUGGAGCCGACCCCCCCGCCGCCGCCGCCGCCCCCGCCGCCGCCGCCGUCGCUGGCGUCUCCGUCCUCGAUGGAGUUCUAUGAUUUCCUCGACAGGAUGCGCAACCCUUCUUCUCUCGAUCUCGUUCGAUCCAUCAAGAGCUUCAUUGUAUCCUUCUCGUUUUAUCCUCCAAAUCCUGAAAAUGAUGGCAAAAAAGUGCAAGACUUCUUUAUGACGAUGGAAGGUGCAUUAAGGGAUCAUCCUCUCUGGGCAGGUGCUUCUGACAAUGAAAUCGACUGUGCAAUGGAGGGAUUGGAAAAAUAUGUCAUGACAAAGCUGUUCUCUCGGACAUUUGCUUCUUCUCCUGAGGAUUCAAAAGUUGACUGGGAGAUUGCUGAGAAAAUUUCGCUAUUGCAGACCUUCUUGAGGCCUGAGCAUUUAGAUAUACCGGCUAUUCUCAGAAAUGAAGCGUCAUGGUUGAGAGGAAAAUCCUGGAAUCAGAUCAUUAGCAACUAUUUUGAGUAUGGGUUAAAUUCAAACUUAUAUCAGCUUGCAGAGAAGGAGCUGCAAAAAAUGAACAGGUUCCAUGCUCCCCGGGAGAAGCUUCUGUGCAUAAUGAAUUGCUGUAGGGUCAUCAACAAUUUGCUGCUCAAUGCAUCAAUAUCAGAAAAUCAUGUACUAGCUGGGGCCGAUGACUUUCUUCCAGUUCUUAUAUACGUUACGCUCAAGGCUAAUCCUCCACAGCUGCAUUCCAACCUCAAAUUUAUUCAGCUAUAUCGAAGACAGGCGAAACUUGUCUCUGAGGCAGCUUACUAUCUCACAAAUCUCAUCUCAGCAAAGUCAUUUAUUGCUGACUUAAAUGCCAGAUCUCUAUCUAUCAAUGAAAUUGAAUUUGAGGAAAACAUGCAAGCAGCUAGAGGAGCCACUAAACUUGCACAUGACGAGCCUGACACUGCAGUUGAGGAGAUGGCUGCCAGGAGAAGACAGGGCAACCCCGGUCCUUCGUUCACAAUGAGUGAUAAAGAAAGAAUUAUGAAGGGACGUUCAACUUAUCCAUUCAUGGAAGCAAAAGCUGGUGAACUUACAGUUGGAGAUGUCGAAAGACUGCUAGGCAUAUACAAGGAUGUAGUCAACAAGUACACACAUCUAAGCGAGGCAUUUAGGCAGCUUUCUUUGUCAAAACCGGAAUUUCAUCAUUUGGAGGGAACUGGUGGCUUGUUUGCCCAGCCACCUCAGACAAGCAUUCGCAAAGGCAAAGAAAGCAUCGAAGGAAGAGGCGAAUAAUGUAUCAAACAUUUUAGCGGUUUAACAGGUAGGUAUUAUACCCUUCCUGGCCAUUGUACUAUACAAUUUUGUUGACAAGCAUAAUCUGUCCGCAACUCACAGGAUAAAACAUUGCUUGCUAA